GUUGGAAGCCACAAACUCCAAAGCAAACUUCGAAAUCAACAACAGCCUCAAUUUGCAACAUCAAACUCACACAAACACAAAAAUUUCUCUUCUUUCUCACACACAGAGAGACAAAUGAAAAGCUAAGAAUAUCUUUAGCAACAAAACCAUUGAGAAUAACUGAAAGCCAUGGCUUUUCUCCUUCCCAACCUUCAACCUUCCCUCUUAGCCCAAUCCAAAUCCAAAGACAAAUCAAACCUUCACCAAAACCAAACCCUUUCACCUCCAAAACCCACUUCUCACUUCCCCUUAUCUUCUUCCUCUCUCCAUGCUUCCACUGCACAAGUUGCACAGCUCACCACACCACAAGACAAUAAGCAGCCAAAGGAUGAAUUCUACCUCAACCUUGGCCUUGCUGUCAGGACCAUACGUGAGGACCUUCCUUUGAUCUUCAUCAAAGACCUCAACUAUGACAUUUAUAGGGAUGACAUAACAUUCAUGGACCCCAUGAACAGAUUUACAGGGAUUGAAAAUUAUAAAUUGAUCUUCUGGGCAUUGAGGUUUCAUGGCAAAAUCUUGUUUCGUGAGAUUGCACUUGAUGUGUACAGGGUGUGGCAGCCUUCAGAGAAUGUGAUAUUGGUGAGGUGGAACCUUAAGGGAGUGCCAAGGGUUCCAUGGGAAGCCAAAGGAGAGUUUCAGGGCACUUCAAGGUACAAAUUGGACAGAAAUGGCAAAAUUUAUGAACACAAAGUUGAUAACUUGGCAUUCAAUUUCCCACAGAAUAUUAGACCAGUUUCAGUUUUGGAUUUGGUAAGGGCAAGCCCUGCAAGUCCAAAUCCUACAUAUUUGUGGGGUCCUGUUGACGCCUACUCUUCUUCAUGGAUAGCCUUUUACAAGGCAGUUCGGGAGACAUUGGAUCAAGAAGGAAGUUUGGUCCUACAAGAUGGUCUAGCUACAUGCUCAUAGCUACGUAUGAGCUAGCAUUUGAUGUUUUAUUGGUAAUUAUGCAUACAUUAGAGUUUAAUAAGUUAGGUAUAAAUACGAUGAAUUUGUUCCGCUGCAUAAAAUGGUUUAUCUUCAAGGACAAGAGUGUAUAUAGAUAGGCAGGGAUGGAAAAAUGAAAACUUUGUUGUUUGGAGGAAAUGGGGAUUCCUAUGUUUUCUGAGCUUAUACAAAUGAUGACAUAUAUCUAUUGCAGUAA